AUGGCAAGCUCCAACGAAACUCGAUUCAGUGGAUCUCGCUUUCCCAACAAGCUGGGACAAAAACAAAUCUCUACCAACCCACGUCGCAAGAAGAACAGUGGAAACCGCGUCCUCGACGGACUCACGUACAAGGGAGGUCCCAGCCUUUACGAGAACGACGAGAACAAGCAGCGUCGCAACCAAUCCAAGGGCCGUCGUCGCCGCCGCCCUCAAGAACAGCAACAACAAGUAGAAAAGAGUCGUGACGAGCAGAAGGAGGUGGCACCCAGUUUCCAUUUCGAUGCCCAAGGUCGUCUCAAGUCCAUUUCCUUUCGCUACGUCUAAAUGUCCGUCUGUCUCGUUGUCCGUAAUCAAGCCGAAGUGAAAAUGUUGUGCGGAGAAGAACGAUGAACGCUGCCUGGAGGAGCACAGUGGAGUCCUCAGUCGAGUCUUUCUAGAGCGGCGAACCAACGUCCCUCGCAGCGGAAGGCGACAGAGCAACAAUCAAAAGUAGUAGAUGCACACCCGCAACACAAUCCUAACUAGUAGUCAAUCACAU